CAACAGACAACACGACCAAUAGUAGCACGCGUUUUCAAUAGUAGGCGCCGCUUUUACAUGACAUACGUCAGUUCGAGCCAAUCGGCAGCCGAGGUGUCGCGCCUUCCAACCGGAGACGGAUUUCCGAACCAAGUGGAGCAAAAUAGCCUGCACUUUGUUUACGUCCCGUUGGUUAGCUGACAGCUGUUGUAGCACUUUGCCCACGCAAACAACCGUCUCUGUGUGCCUCUGGUGGCCUACUGGAGCUUCACGAACUUUAAACAGAGUGUCCUGGAUGCCGUGGAUGGGAUGUUUUGUUGAAUGAAGGGGACCCGCUAGAUGCCGACAGGAGGAUGAACUCCAUCACCGGUCGGGUUCUCGCCAUACCCGCCGCCUCUGUCACCAACUCUGGAGCUUCAUCCUCUCGAGCCUUACAUGUAGAGCUCACAUCGCAGCAGAGAAGAUUGCGUCAUCUCCGGAGCAUCGCAGCCAGGAACAUUGUCAACAAGAAUGGUUCCCCACUGCUGGACACAUACUUCACCCUCCACCUCUGUAUAGGAGAACGUAUAUCAAGAGAUUUUUACAAAAGUGAAGUCAUCCGAGACUCACUCAAUCCGACUUGGCGGAGCCUGGACUUUGGCAUGCUGCCAGACCUUCUGGACACCUCAGUGUCUUGCUUCGUGGUGAGGAUCUGGGGAGGACAGGAGGAACAGUACCAGCUCCUCAUAGAAUGGAAGGUCAAUCUGGAUGGCCUCAGAUACACAGGACAGCAGAUUCGAUCCAGAAAUCCAAAUGAAAUCAUAUUUGGAUUGAAUGAUGGCUACUAUGCAGCUGACUUUGAUCAUAAGGAUCAGUCGGAGCGGAAGAAAAACAGUCUGCUUCAAGUCGACCAGAGUUCAGUCAGGAACUCCUACAGUGUUUUCUCGUUGCUCAGACUUCACACAGCCCAGAGAGCCAUCAAACAGACCCAAGUGACAGUGCAGAAGAUCGGGAAGGAGAUCGAGGAGAAGCUAAGGACGACGGCGACCUGCACAGAGCGGAAGAAAGAGCGGGAGUGCAUGCAGCUGCGCAUAGCCGUGCUGCGGAGUGAACUGCAGCGGCAGAGGAAGGCGCUCGGCAGGGAGAUAGACCUGCGGCAGAAGGACAGGACACAGCUUCAGAGGAAAGAGGAAGUGUUCUCCACUCAACACGAUAGUCUGAAGGAGGAGAAAGAAUCCUUAACCAAGCUGCAGAAGGAAUGCACUGCCAAGAGAGAGCAGUUCCUCAAGUCCAACGCCCAGCUUACCUUCCGCUGUCGCCAGCUCCUCUCCGAGCUUUCCUACAUUUACCCCAUUGAUGUGGCUAAUCAGUCCGAUUAUGUCAUCUGCGGAGUGAAGCUGCCAAACUCUGAAGACUUCCAAGCAAAGGAUGAUGGGAGCGUGGCAGUUGCCCUGGGUUACACAUCGCACCUGGUCCUGAUGAUCUCGUGCUUCCUGCAGGUCCCUCUUAGGUAUCCAGUGAUUCACAAGGGUUCACGCUCCUCCAUAAAGGACACCAUCACUGACAGACUCACUGAAAAGGAGAGAGAAUUCCCUUUAUACUCCAGAGGAGAGCGCUUUCAUUUUGAAUAUGGCGUCUACCUUCUCAACAAGAACAUUGCACAGCUGAGAUAUCAACAUGGCUUGACCACCCCGGAUCUGCAGCAGACAUUACCCAACUUGAAGAACUUCCUGGAACAUGGCCUGCUGGUCCGAUGUGACAGACACCACGUCUCCAGCUCCAUCCCAGUGCCGGCCAAGUCUCAGCUUGGUGUGUCUGCUGCCUCGGAUAUAGGCUACUCCUGCCACACCAGCUCCCCAGACCGGGGCUUGAGGAAAAGGGCGAGCUCUGAAGCCGAUAAGCCCAAGUACAAGCCAACUCCUCCACCCAGCUACAGCACAGCCAUGGGUGAAGAGCAGCCCCCAGUUGGCCUGGCACCUCCCUCGCCUCCUGCCAAACAGCUGUCCUCUUCCCUCGAUGCUGGCAUGGCAUCCCUUAACCUGGCCAAGACAACAGAGGCCAAUAAGGAGGGAGAGCAGAAGGAAGAGAAGGAGGAGGGUGAGGGAAAAUCAGUGGAGGUGGAGAGAUGCAGAAGCACUGACGGAGAGAUUAACGUAGAUAAAGAGGACAAUACUGAAGAGCAGCCGGCCAGUAGCGCAGUUGCACCCAUCUGUUCUGCAGUGCAGGACGCCAGUGAGGAAACAGAGGCCACUAGUCAGCACACAGGUGCCAUGAACGGCUCUCUGGUACCGGGACAGGCGCCCGUUAGCCUCGUCCCAGAGCUGCGGUGCUCUGUGGAGCAAGCUGAGGAGAUCAUGGGCACAGAGGCCACCGGUUUAGGCCUGGGUUUAGGGUUGGGGUUGGGGUUGGGGCUCGCCGACGAGGCCCGGCUGGAUGAGUACCGCUGCAUCCCCGUGGACCACGCAGUAGCUGUGGAGUGUGACGAACAGGUGCUGGGCGAGCUGGACGUCGCUGGCUUUGAGGAGUUCUCCAGGCGCAUCUAUGCACUAAAUGAGAACAUGUCCAGCUUCCGUAGACCACGCAAGAGCUCUGAUAAGUGAGACAGGGGACCUAAGGAGAGGGGGGAGGCGUACAAUAACUUGCACAGGGGGUUUGGACAAAUACAAGACAGGGACAUGAGCUGAGAGGACAGGGGUGGGGUCCCCGCUCUCCUAUCGCAGCAUCAAAAAUCAUAGGAGCUAUUCUGGAAUAACAACCAAUUUGCACUUAUUGUAAACAUUUCCAUAGUAAUCUUUUAAUUGAAACAGUUAAAAGUGCAAGUAUUGGGACAGUAAGUUUUACUUGUAUUUUUGAUGCCGCCAUUGAUAUAUUUUUAAACAUCGAAUAGAACAAACCAUUCUUCAGAUCUUUGUUUUCACUAAAUUAUUUUGUUAAGGACUGCGACGGCCGACGCUAAAUUAGUGUCAGUCGUCGCCGGCCGUUUACCAAAACAGGGGACCAUUCAUAUAAAACGACACACGAAAAAAUGUAUAUCACUUGCACUGUGUUUACGCAAACUUACUGCAAUAACAGCCUGUGACUUGUAGAAAACAUCGUCAUCUCCGAACAGCAUUUAAAGUUCACAUCCACGCCCAGAGUGCAGCCUCAGUGCGUCAGGGUAUAAAAAUGUCUCAAUGCAGCAGCUCUAAAUCCUUUUUCCUUACUACUGUACCUCAAGUUUCACAAUAACUGUAUCUAUAACUAUAAAAGGACUGAUAUAAACAACAGACAUACCGAGGGCUGUUGCAACAGGAGGUUUUAUCAAAGUGACAGCUGUCCCAGUACUUACACCUUUGACUGUACAAAGCAGAUGUUUAGACUCUUCCCGAGCCUUCAGUCAGGGUGCGUGACAGUGGGUGUGUGUGCGUGAGGAAGGACGUGACGUGUCCACGUGCGAGUCGGGGGCUUCACAUUAAAGCAUGCAACCGCAGUCACACAGUCACAGUUAGGUAUCCAGUUAUUCCACCAAUGACCCAUGAACAAGGCAGGAUUUUGCUACCCUAAAGCGAGGUGGGAGCUGGAGCCAGUAGCCCAAAUCAGGGACUCCCUAACUGUGACGCACAGCAUCUCCCCUCAUGCAAGCAGCUCAGCCCGGCCGUCACUCUCCACACGGGGUAGAGUUUCUCCUUCAGGUCUUAAGAUGAGGAUCACAAAGAGUUGGCAGAUGGUUGGAGCUUACGGCACAUGGCAGGGAUACGGUGCAAUUGUUUUUUCUGACCAUCUCCACGUCCUUUUCCUUUCUCUUUUUAUUUUUUAUUUUUUGCAAUGUAUCCCAUCCAUAUUAACAUAAAUGUUAAUGUUAAGUCGGCUGAUUCUCGCAAUCAGUCGAGCAAAAACUUUAAUUCUGUGUCUGUGUUCUGUUGGAAUGUCUCACUCAGGCUCUGCUGUAAGUGUUAAUAGCAAGUGUCUCAAUCCCAUUGUCCGUGAUUUUUGUCCCCCGUGUCCGAAUGCUUUCUUGCACUGGUACUCAAUAACUGCAUUAUUUAUGUCUCAACAAUUGUGUGUGCUUUGUUUCAAAUGAAAUCAAUAUCGAGUUUUAUUUUGCCCACUCACAUGGGACAUCACCCAUUAUUAUUGUCAAACAUUAGACUGAAAUCAUGACCAGUGUGUGGGUCCUGAUGUGGACAGCUGCUUUGCAUCGCCCGCCGUGACAAAGAUGGACCCUCCACCGGCAGCCCACCUUAUGUUUGAGAUCCAGCACUGUGGUUGCUGACUGUUGAGAAAUAUUGUAUUUAAACAAAAAAAAAUUUAACCAUGUUAGACCAUUUCCAUAUACUGCUAUACAGUUCAGUAAGUGACCAUGUACAUAUACUUUUGUAUGGAGGGGUUGUUUUUUUUUUUUUUGUUAUUAAAGACUUGCAGUCCAAUGGCAUGGA